AUGGCGAAAGAAGAGUGCAAAGCGCUCCUGGACGCCUUGAAUCGGGUGACCGCCUGCUACCGGCACAUGGUCCUCAGCGUGGGCGGCACCGCGGACUCGCAGAACCUGCGCGAGGAGCUGAAGCAGACGCGGCAGAAAGCGCACGAUUUGGCUGUGGCCAACAGGAACAAGCUCACCGCGGCCCUGAAGGACAAGAACGUCUGCAAGGAGGACAAGGCAGAGUUCGAGCGCCUCUGGGUGAUUUUCUCUACAUGCCUGGAGAUCUUGGAGACCGACAUGAAGCGGGCCCUGGAGCUGGGGCUGGAGUUCCCUCUGAACGUACCCAGGAAGCACCUCAUCCAGACGGGCAUGUCCGGAGGGACCGCGGGCGUGGCUGCACGAGCCAUGAGCGUCCAGAACAUGAAGUACGAGGCCGAACGCAACAUCGAUGAAGUGGAUCUGAAAGACCUGGAGCAAGAGAUCCACAAGGUGGGAGAGAUGAUGUAUGAGAUGGAGAUGAAAGUGAACGUGCCUCAGUGGACCGUGGAAGCCAAACAGGAUCCCGGGGCAGAGCUCAAAUCCACCGUCAGUGCAGGAGCUUCCUCGGGGGGUUUCGUCUCCGUAGAAGAGAGAAAAGGUUUUUGUGACAUUAGCAAACUUCUGGCCGCGAUUGUUUUCAGUGCUGUGCUCAUCAUAGCUGUUAUCUUGGCCGUGUGUGUGGUGAAAUUGUCCUAAUGGAAAUAGGGGACUUAAUCACGGACUGACUGACGACACUUCCCCAGUCCCUCCAUCAAAACUUUUAUUCCAUUGAAAGACCAAAGUGGUUGGGUUUUUGUGUGUUUUAAUGUAAGGGAUAUGGAUGUCUUCUACAAUGAAUCUGUGUUUUUUAAGUACACUUCAGACUCUACGAAGCAGUGUUUGCUUUCUGGACCUGGAAGAGUUAAUUUUGCACAAAUUAUCUGGGUAUUAUAGCUAAUGGAUAGAAGAGAUUUACCUGCUAUUAAUAGAAGACCUAUCACAACGACCCCAAAUUACCUCUCUUUGAUAGGUUAUUAUGUGCUGCUGGUUCAUGUUUACAAAGUGUCUGAAUUUGACACCCCCGCGUUUGAUUUGGGGAAAAAAAUACAACGGGUCGUUUUGUAAAGCGUUUCCUUUUCCUUACUUUCUGAAAGGAAUAGCAGAUAGCAAAUAAGUAAUUUUUAUCUCAAUCCUUCAGGCCUCAGUUUAGGAGAAUAUGCAAAUAGUGAACCACAGCAAAUGGUGCCUGAUUGAUUGUACUCUGGCCAGGUUUCUCUUUAGUCACAAAAAAAGCCAAACUAGAUCAGUAGAAAAAAAUUUGUUCCCAUGGUCCCACAAAGUCCUCCCUUAAACUACCGAUAACCCAUUCCAGUUCAGUAUGCCCUUUAAUGUAGAUUGGUUAAGCUGCACAUUAAUAUUGAAGAUCAGAGAAAUAAACCUGUUUUACC